UUUUAAAAGAAAAUCUUACAGAUUUAAAUUUAAUUAUAAGUAUUUCUGUGUCUUCUGUUAGUUCUAUCGUUUCCGGAAGUGGUGUAAUUGCGGCUUUUAAAUCAUUUCUUAGCUCCUCAACUUCCAAUCCAGAUCCUGAACUUGAGAAAGGUUCUGAUUUAAAAAUUUUUGAAGAACCUGCUGCUCUAAUUGUGGACGACAAAAAAUUAGUAAAAGAAGUGUUUAAAAAUAUUAGAAAAUUAAGAAAAAAUAAUAAUGAAACAGCAAAAAUGGAAGCAGCUCAAUCUCUUUAUACGUUUUUUGGUUGUAUUGCUCUUUUUGGUAUUGUGGGGUAUGAUUUUUUUAAUUUUGUUACUGAACAAUCUAAUGGAACUUAUGUGGACUUUGCUUUAUUAUUCUUGGUGUCAUUGGUCUUUAUUACUGUCUAUGUACGAAAAGUGCGAUCUAAAGAGGAUUCAUUGACACGUAUAGAUGAAGAAAAAAUUUUAUAUCAUCUUAAUGGUUUAAAGUAUGAUGAAAGAGUAAAGAAAGAGGAAGAGAUGGGCAAAACGGAUAAUAAAGAGAAUAGCAAAAAUGAUAAUAAAGAGAAUAGCAAAAAGGAUAAUAAAGAGAAUAGCAAAAAGAAUAAGAAAGAGAAUAAUAAGGAGGAUAAUAUUACUGUCAGUUAG